GAUUUGACUUCUUGCAUUUCCCUUCCUUAAAGCGUAAUAUUCACCGGCUUUUACAGCCUCUCAAGUGCUUGUGUAAUCAUCUUCAUUCUACAAAUCUAUCUUUGAACAAUCAAGAUGUCUCCUAGAUCUGUCUUCCUUUAUACAAAUCUCUUACUAUCUUUACCCUUCUCAAUUACCGCUCUUGUCCCAUAUAUUCAAGGAACCUAUCAGCAGUAUGCAACUGCUACCUAUAGCCUCAAGGACACUUACAACUCGGCCAACUUCUUCUCUGCCUUUAGCUUCUUCACAGAUGCAGAUCCUACUCAUGGAUAUGUAUCUUAUCAAUCUCAAUCAGCGGCUUCAGCACAAGGUCUCAUCAAUACCAACAAUGGCCAGGUCUACUUAGGUGUUGACUAUAAAACCGUUAACCCUUCAGCUGGCCGUGCAUCCGUCAGACUUACGAGUAACAAGGCAUAUAAUCAUGGUCUCUUCAUUGCUGAUAUUGCCCAUAUGCCUGGAUCAAUCUGCGGAGUCUGGCCCGCUUUUUGGCUUGUUGGUCCUAAUUGGCCAUAUGCAGGAGAGAUCGACGUCAUCGAAGGCGUUAACCUCGCCGGCACAAACAGCAUGACCUUGCACACCGGACCGGGCUGUGUAAUCAAUACAGCUGGCUCCCAACCCGGUAUUACCUUAAGCGAUCCGAAUUGCAAUUCUAACAGCGGCUACAACGGUUGCGGUGUGCUUACUAACAAGGCCAAUUCCUACGGAGAUGGUUUCAACUCUGUCGGUGGCGGUGUCUAUGCCAUGCAAUGGGAAUCUUCCGGCAUCUACGUAUGGUUCUGGCCUCGAGGUAGUGUACCCGCCGAUGUCACUGCCGGGAAACCCGUAACGGGUAAUUGGGGAUUACCCCUCGUGGCAUUCAAUGGAGGGAGUGGGUGCAACAUCGAUAGUUUUUUCGCGAACCAGCAGAUUGUUUUCGAUACCACGUUUUGUGGAGACUGGGCCGGAUCGGUUUGGUCCAGUGGGAACUGUGCUAGCGUUGCAAAUACUUGUAAUGCGUAUGUAGGGGCGAAUCCGGGGGCGUUUGCGCCGGCUUAUUGGUUGAUUAAUUCGGUUAAGGUUUAUCAGCAAUAGGGGGUUGUGUAGGGGAUGUGGAGUCAAAGGUUCUGGGGUAUAGUCAGGGUGUAUGAGUUGCUGACCGAUGAUUCAUGUUGAGUAUUAUGACUUGAUGAGGUCAGGGGAUAGCUAGUGCGCUCUUUUUGUGGCUUCCUGGUAGAUGGGACCAAGGCGAAGGCAAAGACAGAAUUGGAGGUACAGUCGCUACCAUCGUUGCGGGAGCGAUUGAAGCUUUAUACUUACAGCAUAUGGAGUUCAGUUUCUGUGUAUAUAGUAGGGUAUCAGAUUCAUUUUCCACUGAUUUUAAUGUUACUAGAUCUUAUUAGACUUUACUGGAACAGGGGGAAAGAUAAUUCCUUCCCAUGGUUACUAUCACUCUACUUUGUUAAAAGAGUACCAUAAUUCACACUGUUCAAAUCUCAUGC